AUGAGCAGUAGAACACUAAAAGAAAGUGAAAUAGAGUCGGCUCUGGAGGAAAUGUUUGGUUUACCAUCAGAUCCAGACCAGUCCGAAGACGAUGAAGAAUCGGAUGAGGAUAAUAACUGCCUAGUAGCGCCCAUCCUGGUACAGUUCAAACUGCAAGAAGACAGGGAAGUGGAUAUGAGAUGGGUAAGGAAAGUGGAAGAGAAAAUAGGACAGAGAAGGAGAGCUGAAAAAAGUCGGGAUCAUGGAGAUAGUGGAUCAGAGUCAGAAGUAGAUUCGGAAACAAAUGCUUCUGACGAAGAUGAAAAUGCAUGGAAGAAAAAAUUAUGGACUGACAAGAGGCCACAACCAGACACCUUUAAUAGUGUACUGAUGACUUCAACACGCAUGCUACCAUCAAAUGCCAGGCCUGUUCGUCACUUUGAAAAAUUUUUUACUCAAGAAAUUGUCGAAUUGAUUAUUAGAGAAACAAACUGA